AAUCUCGCACUAACUAAAAGCACUUACUCCGUAUAUCCAGCUGCUACAAUAUUGAAUAUACACGCAAUGGCACGACGGCCGAGGGGCUCACCUUGGACCCCGCAGCCCUGGAUCAUCUCCAAAAAGACAAUUGACCCUCCUUGGCUGUGAUCUUUAUCUGUCUGGGGAGAACAGCGUCAUGGGCUUCAAUAGAUGACGUUCGGCAAACCUAUCCCAUCCUCGUUGGCAAAGUCCUUAUUUCCGGGGCUUUGAGUAUAGCUAUUAGCUACAAACCCACGGAAUGAUCCCUCCAGCCAGCCAAUCUACACAUGAUAUCCCGUUGGACUCAGAAGAAGACCUUGUAUUGCCAAGAUUGUGGCUCGAUGUCGUUAUUCUCGUGAAAUAUAUAUAAACCAAAUGCCAUUGUUUGUCUCAACGACCCGAUUUCUUCCACCCUCCAAAAUCACAUCAUUACUUUCUGCCCGUUUCUACAACCAUUACUCCCACUCUAUCAAUAUGGUCAAAGUUCUUGUUACCGGUGGCACUGGCUUUAUCGCCGCGCACACCAUCGACUCUCUCCUUGAACAUGGUCACAGUGUAGUCUUUACUGCCCGCUCGGACGAUAAGGCGAAGAAGAUCUUCGACAACCACCCUGAGGCAUCCAAGGACAAACUCAGCCAUGUCAUCGUCCGUGACAUCGCACAAGAAGGUGCCUUUGAUCAAGCUGUCAAGUCUGAUCCACCAUUUGACGCCGUUCUACAUACUGCUUCGCCUUUCCACUACAGCGUCACUGACGUCCAGAAAGACCUCUUGGACCCCGCCAUCAUUGGCACCACAACUCUGCUAAAGUCCAUCCACAAGUCAGCUCCUUCGGUCAAGCGCGUCGUCAUCACCUCGUCCUUUGCAUCCAUCAUCAAUCCAGAAAACCAUGCCAAGGUGUAUUCAGAACAAGUCUGGAAUCCCAUCACCAACCAGGAGGCCCUGCAGAACCCCGCCAACGGCUACCGAGCCAGCAAGACCUUUGCCGAGAGAGCUGCUUGGGACUUUGUGGAAAAGGAGAAGCCAUCCUUUGACGUUGCCACCAUUUGUCCUCCUUUGGUCCUGGGUCCUGUCAUCCACUCCCUCCAAUCCCUCGACUCUCUCAACACAUCCAACGAGAGAGUUCGCAAUCUCAUCCAAGGCAAGGCCAAGGACACUGGGCUUCCUCCCAGCGGCGUCUUUAUCUGGGUUGAUGUUCGGGACCUGGCCCUGGCUCACGUCAAGGCCAUGGAGAUCCCCGAGGCUGGAGGAAAACGUUUCCUCCUGACCGCCGGACACUAUGACAACGGCGAAAUUGCCAGUGUUAUCAAGUCCAAAUUUCCCGAUCUCGCUGACAGAUUGCCCAAAGACAUCUCUGGAGAUCGACCGAAAGAUGUCUAUGGUUUCGACAACUCUCGGAGCAAGGAAUUGCUCGGUAUCAAGUAUCGAAGCUUGGAGGAGAGUGUUGUCGAUACAGUGAAUUCCCUGCUUGCUUUCAACCCGUGAUCCCUUGCUAUAGCCAAGAAGACAUUAUGCUCAAGCAUUAUGGAAGGGGCAACGAUAUGCCUUCAGUAUGGCAAGGUUCGUAUGGCUUCUAAGGGAUGUAUAUAAAUGAUAAGCAACCGUGGAGCUCCUUAUUUAGAAUUCGUCCUCUAUAAAUACUUGCACAGACGGGGAGCCAGAGCCUAAACCACCUUAUAUAUGUGCCGCGACAUAUAAUCUCUCUCUCUCUCUCUCUCUCUCACACAGACACACACACACACACAUCCACUAUUUGACUCUAUACUCCCGCUUGCGGAACUAUAUUCAUAUCAAAUAUGAAAUCU